AUGGACACCCGAGAGAACUGGGGUCCCUUGGAAUUCUCGCAAAGCUCACGCUGGCCGCUGCAUCUUCUGGACGUGAGGCUGGUUCAGGAUCAGUGGACUGCUUGCAGUGAAAAUGGCCUCUCCGUGUCCUCGUGCCCAGCUGUGGGUCUCCCGAAACUGCGUCUCUUGCAUGGUCUGGCGGAGGGCAUUUCCGUGCCGACCGCCCCAUCAAAGCUCGUUCUCCAGCAGCUGGAUCUCUCCGCAAGGGAUCUGACGCCCCCCUUGCAUGCCGUCAAGAAGAGGUUCGGCACAAAGGCUUUUCACAUGGUGGUUAUCGGCUCUCACAUGGGCAGCAACAUGGAGCCUUUGUCCAUGGUCGAGGCAUGCUUUGCCCAGGCAGGUGUGCCGCUGGCUUCUACCGUGUUGGGCACCACGUACCCCUUUCCAGAGAUCAUGUGCGAGUCAUUUGGCCAUUGUGAGCAGAAUCGUCACAUUGACGCUGCUGUGCGCCUUCUCGUCCAGCAGAUGUAUCGCCCAACGUGGGAACCUCAGCAUCUCCUCAACUUGCUUCAUGCAGGCUUGCAAGGCUUGAAAGAUCCCAGUUUCGGAGAGCCGGAUCUGUUUCUCUGCGCGCAGCCGAUGGCCUUGUGCUCCUUCCUUCGCAGUCUCACCAGCCAGCCCAUGCUACUCUACCAAGCCUUCCCGUUGGUUGGUGCUACCCCAGAAGCCUUCCGACACCUACUGCUUGUGCAGUUGCGAGAGGUGCAGGUGUCCAAUCCGAGACGUUCCAGCCUCAUCGCGUACUCCGAGUUUCUGGCACAGCAGGUGCAGCGUCAGACCGGGCAGAGACCUGUCUGCUUACGGCCUCACUCUCUGUAUGCCGUGGGAGCGGGAGCUCGGACUUCCACGUAUGACCCUGACACGCGGAAUCCUCGAGUGUUACUGGGAAGAAUGGCUGGCUGGGCCAGGGACGGUGCUGGAGCAAUGGUACAUCUGAUGGAGGCCUUCGCGCAGGACAUGCUGCGGCCGGGCAGUUCUUUACGGCUUGUGUUCCUUGGCCUCAGUCGCGAAGCAUCAGAGACCGUGGCUGGCAUAGCGAGACCUUUCAGCUACCACGAGCUCCGCCGGUUCCGGGCUGCCGUGUACUUUCCUUGGGAUAUGGGAAUGCUGCUGUUCAGUGAGCUUUACGCCAUUGGGGUUCCGACCUUUCUGCCGGACAAAGCCUGGGUGGUGUCGAUCAUCAAGAGAAUGCUGGAGUACACUGAUUUUGGGUGGUGGCAGGCUCGAGAGGAGGGCUCCUCUGUAGCCUUGCCAUCUGAUUCCAACGUUACCUUGGACUGGCCGUGGUUUGGGGAGAACUCUACUAUGGCACAUCUUCUCUCGUUGUAUGGCCUGACGGAUUUUGCUCGCUGGCCGUAUGUGACGACCUUUCCCAGCCUUGCCCGCCUGAUGGCUUCGCUUCGAGAUGCAGAUUUCGAUGCGACGAGCAGGCUGAUGCUGCGAUGGAAUGAGGCAAGCCUGCCGCUGUCACUGAACAUUCUGGGACGCACGUUGACGGCCAUGCUGGACAACACAUCUGAUCCAUCAGAUGUGGACGAGUCAAGCUGCGUGUGA